CAGUUAUUGAACAGCAACCUUAAAUAUUGUUCUUGUUACAUCUCCCCUCAGUGCAAGUGGGCGUCCAACCCGAAGCGUGGAUGAAAGGUGGUCUUAGUUUGCUUGUACACGCAGUGUUCAAACUAAAAGCAAAACGCAGAUUAAAACUCUGGGGAAAGAUACCCAACAGAAUACAUUCCUCUCAAGCCGAUUGAAACCACAAUUGAUUAGACAGAACAUCGAAUCUACAGAAAACGACAACAACGACACCGUAGGGGAAAAGGAAACAUMUUUUGAUGAUUGGGGGGUGCAGUAGUAUUCAAUCAAACUUUUCUUUUUCUUAAGYCGAAACCGAAAUGCCAGUAAUAUCUUCAACGCAGAUGUCAACGGUUAUGGAGACCGAUCGAUCCGACACCCGCGAGGCGGUCCAAAAAGCGUACAACCAGUUCAAUUCUACAAGUCACAGUCGGAAGAGCACCGCAAACGAUGACGGCUUCCAAUUGAAGGUUCCAAAAUCAAYACCAUCAAAGCCGUCACUCCUGGACAUGGGUGUUUCGGUUAUCGCAUCCGUCUGUGAGUGGACUGCGUUGUUCGUCUACAGGUGCCUUUGCAUCGCAGGGCACGCCGCGCUGGCCGUUUCCUUUUUGGCCUUUGUGGCCGUGUGCUGUUUAGGRAACUUCCACGACAACUACUUUGUGACUAUUUUGGAACGGGCCCGCCGCCUCGACUCGGAUCUGCAGGACGAGGUUACCUAUUACAAUCGGAAGUGUGGGGUCUCKGACGUGAGCACUUCGAAGCACCACCACAUUCACCUCGGCGUGAAUCCCGACAAACACGAUGCGUUGGAUAUCUUUGUGGACCCCAGCCUCUUCGAAUACGACGACGACGACGACAGUAUCGAAGACGAAAUCUGGGACGAGCACGGCAAAAAGAUUGCCUACCAACAGAAACAACUCGGUCGGAGACGGCGKCGCUUUGCUCCCGCGUACAAUAUCUGGGAAAAGCCCGCGCUCCGACCCAUCCCGAAAAAGGUGGCSAAGCGGGCCGGCCAACAGGCCGUCCGUUCUAUGAUGAAACACGGGUCGGUCAUGAUCCCACAAAUCCUGAGCGAUGCGACCAUGGAAGACCUGCGGGAAUUCAUUGUCGACAAAAAUGAGCGUGUCUUGGGGACCCCCGACCAGUACCCCAUGUCGGCAUCGCACCACCGGAUUUCGUACGGGAUCGAGUCGACCGAGCAUCCUUCCGUCGUGAGGGCAUUAAAGGAGAUCCACGACCACGGCGUCUUUGCAGAGCUCAUCCAAAACCUGGUCGGGGACGAAAACCCGGCGCUGUCGGAAAUCACCGCCAUUACGGCCUGGGGCGGUGCCGAAAUGCAGUCGUGGCACCCGGACGUAAAGCCUGACGGAAACGGGGUCAUGUUUGGCCGGACAUACAGCCACUCGUAUUCACUCUUUCUGCCUCUCCAGGACACAGUAGGCGAGAUGGGGCCUACAGAUCUCUGUCCCGGGACGCACAUGUGUGCCGACGAGGAUUUGUGGGACAUGUGCGAGGAAAACAAGAUUGGCCUCCACGAGAUUCGCAAGGCCAAGCCGCGCCAUUUAUACGAUCCCUCCGUCGAGGGAACGAAGGAAUACCUAGAGGACCUKUMSAAAGAGGGCACUUGGAGGGCUGGGGACGGGGCGCUCUUGAACCAGCAGGGAUGGCACCGAGGAACSGCACACACUGACGAAGACAUGGACGAUCGGGUGGUAUUUAUCGUGAGCUUUUUGAAACGCCCAAGUGCCGCCGAUCCCCGGCAGCUAGCAAGAGGGACCUACUUCCACCAAAAGUGGCUGAAUUGGGGUUCAACCUGGCAGGACAUGGCCGAUGCGGCGGAAUCGCUCAAGCGGCCCUGGAAUAUUUUGCGGUGCCURCAUCUGUACAAAGCCUCYGAUCGAUCAUGGGGAUACGAUUUGUUUACGGCGACGACGUUGCGGAUUGCCAACGAACAAAUGGGAGGCGAAGCCGGAGAUCUGGAGGGCCUCAUAGACAACGUGAUGAUUCCGUUGCGUUAUCCGGAGUGGUUGCAGGGGACCAUUGACUACGAUUCAGAGGAAGCCUGGCAGAUGUAUUUACGGGAAACGAUCCAGAAGACGCACGGGUUUUUGUAUCGCGCGAACGCUAUUGGUCUCACUGGAUUUAUGGUGGCUAUGGUUAUCAUCGCAAUCUUGGCACACUUGUACAAUAGAUUUUCCGGCCAAAAGAAUCGAGAAAGAUCCGUUAUUAUUCCGGUUUUGAAAGCGAGUGCCCGGCGCCUUGUAUGGACCCACGGCUCUAUUCUCGCUUUUGGGUUGUACGUUUGGCACGUGUUAAUUCGAUCGUCCCAGUGGGCGAUCGAUAUUGACUCGGGGACUACCCUUAUGAGGCCGUUUCCACCCGAUCCGAUCUAUCGAGACGUGGAUCCCGGUGUCCAGGGUGGCAACACCACACUUCCGAGGCGGUCAGAUGUUUUGAUUGGUACCCGAUACCAUACGAAUGCAAUCGGGGCCUACCGGACGUGGCUAGAUUAUCAUCCGGGGAACAGCGUCUUCAAUGACUUUGUCAACACAUAUGGGGGCAAUGGAAACUUUUACCACUCGCUCUUGCAACUGAACAAAGAAAGUCAUGCUGUAUCACAAUUGCCCUUGAGCUUGGCCGACCASCUGGCAUCGGUGGCCUURAAUACUAUCCAAAGUCGACACGAUGGUAGAUUCUUGAUGCAGGAUUAUCGAUCCGGCGAUUGGAAGGUCCUGAGCGAGGCCGAAAGCAAAAAWUACAUCCACAAGAGACUCUUUGUCGGAAGUAAAGACACUCUGUUGGGGGCGCUGAAUGACGAAACGGAGCUUAUGCUGAAUCGAUAUCGCUUCGGAGUCGAGCGGAAAACGUUUUCCAUGGCUUGGAAUUCUCAGCUUUUUGUUGCCGAUUUGUCAGAAAGUCUUUUCUCCCCUGCAAAUAAAAAAUACUUGAAGGAGAAUUUGAAUCAAGAAAUGGUUCGAGAUUCUUCAACAUCGUCGCUUGCUUUUCGAWCCAUUCUUCCACAUUCUAGUUUUCGAUUGAGGAAGCGGAAAAAAGUUCAUGAAAACRCAAACAUCUCUCACAACAAUAGCAGAAUUCGUAGAUACAUGGUGGGGGAUAGCCUGCCAUCGCUGUUUCCCGGGAUGGAAAUAUAUUACUCCAUUGAUAAUUCUCGAGACGGCUCUUCAGAUGAAAUAUUUUUCGCAACCUUGAUUGGUAUUUCGAGCAAGAAAACGUACGACGGGCGAGCUCGCUACCACAUUGCCUUUGAUGGUUCAGAGGUUCCUGAAAUAGAGACCACUGAAUUAGGUCGAGUCAAGAGGCAGUCGAUCAGAACACGGCCGCCAAUUACGGAAGGAUCCAGAGUGAUGGUCGGAGAUGUCGCUGGGACCAUCCUAUUGGUGUUGGCCGAUGGCUCUAUUGACGUUGUGUUCGACGAAGAUGGCGAGAUCGAUACGGACAUUCCGUACACAGAUUACGAGUUAUUUGUAGAAUAAACGAAUGGCAUUUUAGCCCUAUUCAAUACUUCAUAGAACUGCAAUCAUAUUAUAUUAGUAMUUCUACGAAAAAACUUUACUCGAUUUUAUCACUUAUUUUCAGACGCGUUGUUACAAUGCAUAAAUCGCUAUCAAUAGUUUAUUCUGUAAACUGUCAUCUCGGAGAAGUAUAAAGAAAAUUGUUGUUUGGAUCGAUAGCCAUUUUGGCAGACCCGCUGUUGUGCUGCACCAUGCUCCAGCUGUUUAAAUCCGCCCAUCGGAUUUCCAGUAAACCCGCGUCUGGAAAGUCUUCAAUCCCAUGUGUCUUCAUGACUUUCUUGGCAGUGUUCAAUAUUGCUGUGUUGUGACCGACGAUCAUGAUUCGAUGAAAGUUGUCGUUCAACCCGGUCACAAAGCUGAAAUAGUCGUUGAAUUCAAGMGUGUAGAGUAUGUCCUCAAAGGCCACGGGUUUAUUGGAMGCCCAGUGCCGCCGCAUCAGCUCCGUUGUGAACGCGGUUCGUUCUGAAGGAGAGGUAAAAAUCCAGUCAGGUUCUGGGAUGUAGUGCUGCUUGAGGUACAGACCGAGUCCUUCCGCAUCCUGCAUCCCCUUUGCGGUCAGCUGGCGGUCGAURUCGUUGACGAUUGGGUUGCACGGGGUAACCUGGGCUUCCGCAACCAACAAGAGGGAUCUUGUCCGUGGUGGCGGCCGUUCGAGAGAGACAGUGGAAGGCCUCCUUUUGAAGCUACCGCGAAACAACUCGUUAAAGAUAUAUAGGCUUCCAGUGAGCUUUGCUUCGCUGCUGGUUUGCAAUCCCUGGUGCCGAGAGAAUCCCACGAUCGCAAAUCCGAAGCCAAACAGGCAUGUCAGGAAAAAGAAGUGCUUGUAGAUAUGGAAUGUUUUGCCUCUUUUUCUGCUACCAAAAGCAAGAGUUGUGCAAGAAGCGMUUUCRCCGCUUAGAUCCAAUCCAAGAUCUGACUUCGUUGCUAUGGGCAAAUCAAUAUCCUCCUCCCUAGAUACAAGCGAACCCCCCAAACAUGUGUUAGUAUUCGUUAUCGUUCCAUAACCAUGGAGGGUUCUAUUCCCGAUAACAUGAAAUUCGUAGUCUCCACAUGCUGAUGUAUGCAUGACGAUAGCAUCGCGGUCAAGGAAAUGGACUGCGUCUUGACUAGCGGUACGGURGGCGUUUCGAUUGUUCGUCAUAGUCAACGCAAUUGCGCGUAGGAAAAUKAUGGUACUCGCACUUUUGUCUUCUCUGGUAUGUCCCCUUUAUGCCAGGACGUAUGUACAGCUUAUGAACUGACGAGGCGCCCUCAUAAACUGUUUUACUGUUUACAAURUUACCACUGUUUGCCUUCGACGAGGACCCGAGAAUGAAGAUCUGUUGAUGUGGAUGUGCCUGUUCUCCAAAUUCGAAUAAAUCCUUCAACUAAGG